GAAAGCGGAGCUCUGGCUGGGCUCGCAAGGUGGGGAGGUGCAGGGCUGGGCAGUGGAGAGGCGGGGCACGCGCUGGCGAGAAUCCCUCCCUCCUGUCCUCUUGGCGGUCGAGGGUUUGCCUUUUCAGAUCCUCCACCUAGCUGGGAUCCAAAGAGCUAACAUCGCCAAGGGGGCGCGGCCGGGACCAUCUAGGGUGCCGGGUGCCCAAAGUCGGGCACGGUAACCAGUCCACCCAGCCAGCAGGAGAGUAGAUCCACGGACCUGGAGAGGAUUGGAGAAGCGCUACCCCGGAGCAGACGUGAAGCUGGCUGGACUAGGGCAAGAAAUUGCCUAGGACUCCGAGCGCAGUGGCGCUGCGGGCUCGGGUGUCCUCUGGCGGCGCCUGGAGCAGGUGAACCGUUCACCACCCCCAGUGUUGAGCGCUCUUGUGUUUUCGCCCGGCCCGGCUCACCCUCGCAGCCAUGGGCCCCGGCUCUCGCCGCUCGCCCCGCGACUCUGGCUGGAUGCUUGGCGCCCUGGCCUUGAUGGUGGCGGCUAGCGGCCGGGUCGCCUUCGCUUUCAACCUGGACACCCGAUUCCUGGUGGUGAAGGAGGCGGUGAACCCGGGUAGCCUAUUCGGCUACUCGGUCGCCCUCCAUCGGCAAACCGAGCGACAGCAGCGCUACCUGCUUCUGGCUGGUGCUCCCCGGGACCUCGCCGUGGCUGAUGGCUACACCAACCGGACUGGCGCCGUGUACCUGUGCCCCCUCACCGCCCUCAAGAAUGAUUGUGAACGGAUGGACAUCUCAGAGAAAAGUGACCCUGACCAUCACAUUAUUGAGGACAUGUGGCUUGGGGUGACUGUGGCCAGCCAGGGCCCCGCAGGUAGAGUUCUGGUCUGUGCCCAUCGCUACACCCAGGUGCUAUGGUCUGGCGUAGAAGACCAGCGGCGUAUGGUGGGCAAGUGUUAUGUGCGUGGCAACGACUUACAGCUCGACCCCGGCGAUGACUGGCAGACCUACCACAACGAGAUGUGUAACAGCAACACUGACUACUUGCAGACCGGCAUGUGCCAGCUGGGCACCAGCGGUGGCUUCACCCAGAACACCGUGUAUUUCGGUGCCCCUGGUGCCUACAACUGGAAAGGAAACAGCUACAUGAUUCAGCGGAAGGACUGGGAUUUAUCUGAAUAUAGCUACAAGGGCUCCGAGGACCAAGGAAACCUCUAUAUUGGGUACACGGUGCAGGUAGGCAGCGCCAUCCUCCACCCCAAGGACAUCACUGUUGUGACAGGUGCCCCACGGCACCAACAUAUGGGCGCUGUCUUCUUGCUGAGCCAAGAGUCAGGUGGAGACCUGCGGAGGAGGCAGGUGCUGGAGGGCACGCAGGUGGGCGCUUAUUUUGGCAGCGCCAUUGCUCUGGCAGACCUGAACAAUGAUGGGUGGCAGGACCUCCUGGUGGGCGCUCCUUACUACUUCGAAAGGAAAGAGGAGGUAGGGGGUGCUGUCUACGUCUUCAUGAACCAGGCGGGCACGUCCUUCCCAGAUCAACCUUCCCUCCUGCUUCACGGUCCCAGUCGCUCUGGCUUUGGCAUCUCUAUAGCCAGCAUUGGUGACAUCAACCAGGAUGGAUUCCAGGACAUUGCUGUGGGAGCCCCAUUUGAGGGCUUGGGCACGGUGUACAUCUACCACAGCAGCUCCGGAGGGCUCCUCAGGCAGCCCCAGCAGAUAAUCCACGGAGAGAAACUCGGACUGCCUGGCUUGUCCACCUUCGGCUACUCUCUGAGUGGGAAGAUGGAUGUGGAUGAAAACUUCUAUCCAGACCUGCUAGUGGGGAGCCUGUCGGACCACAUUGUGCUGCUACGGGCCCGACCUGUCAUCAAUAUUCUUCAAAGGACCUUGGUGGCCAGGCCAGCUGUGUUGGACCCCUCACUUUGUACACCGACCUCCUGUGUUCAGGUGGAGCUGUGCUUUGCCUACAACCAGAGUGCUGGGAACCCCAACUACAGGCGGAACAUUACCCUGGCGUACACACUGGAGGCUGACCGGGACCGCAGGCCCCCCAGGCUCCGAUUUGCCAGCAGCCAGUCGGCUGUGUUUCAUGGUUUCUUCUCCAUGCCGGAGACGCAUUGCCAGACACUGGAAUUACUACUGAUGGACAAUGUCCGUGAUAAACUCCGUCCCAUCGUUAUUGCCAUGAACUACUCCUUACCUUUGCGCAUGCCCGACCGCCUGAAGCUGGGGAUGCGGUCUCUGGAUGCCUACCCAGUUCUUAACCAGGCACAGGCUCUGGAGAACCACACUGAGGUCCACUUCCAGAAGGAGUGCGGGCCGGACAACAAGUGCGACAGCAACCUGCAGAUGCGAGCGGCCUUCGUGUCUGAGCAGCUGCAGCCUCUAAGCAGGCUCCAGUACAGCAGAGACACUAAGAAACUGUUCUUGAGCAUCAAUGUGACCAAUAUGCCGAGCCACGAGCGUGCUGGGGAAGAUGCCCACGAGGCACUGCUCACCUUGGAGGUGCCACCCGCCCUGCUACUGUCCUCAGUGCGCCCAUCCGGGACCUGCCAAGCUAACGAGACCAUCCUGUGUGAGCUAGGAAACCCCUUCAAACGGAACCAGAGGAUGGAGCUGCUCAUUGCCUUUGAGGUCAUUGGGGUGACCCUGCACACAAGGGACCUUCAGGCGCAGCUGCAGCUCUCCACGUCAAGUCACCAGGACAACUUGCAGCCCAUGACCCUGACUUUGCAGGUGGACUACACUCUCCAGGCCUCACUCAACUUGAUGACACAUCGGCUACAGAGCUUCUUCGGUGGCACGGUGAUGGGUGAGGCUGGCAUGAAAACCGUGGAGGAUGUAGGCAGUCCCCUGAAAUACGAAUUCCAGGUGAGCCCAGUGGGAGACGGACUGGCGGCUUUGGGCACACUGGUCCUAGGUCUGGAAUGGCCCUAUGAAGUCGCCAAUGGCAAGUGGCUGCUGUACCCCACGGAGAUCACCAUCCAUAGCAAUGGGUCCUGGCCCUGCCAGCCACCUGGAAGCCUCGUCAACCCUCUGAACCUUACUCUCUCUGACCCUGGAGACAGGCCACAUUCUCCACAGCGCAGGCGGAGACAGCUGGAUCCCGGGGGAGAACAGGGCCCCCCACCUGUCACACUGGCUGCUGCCAAAAAAGCCAAAUCUGAGACUCUGUUGACCUGUGCCAGUGGCCGUGCCCGCUGUGUGUGGCUGGAGUGCCCCCUUCCUGAUGCCUCCAACAUCACCAACGUGACUGUGAAGGCACGGGUGUGGAACAGCACCUUCAUUGAGGACUACAGAGACUUUGACAGAGUCAGGGUAGAUGGCUGGGCCACUUUGUUCCUACGAACCAGCAUCCCUACCAUCAACAUGGAGAACAAGACCACAUGGUUCUCUGUGGACAUUGACUCAGAGCUGGUGGAGGAGCUGCCUGCUGAGAUUGAGCUGUGGUUGGUCCUUGUGGCUGUCAGUGCCGGGCUGCUGCUUCUAGGGCUCAUCAUCAUCCUUCUGUGGAAGUGUGACUUCUUUAAGCCGACCCGAUACUACCGGAUCAUGCCCAAGUACCAUGCAGUGCGUAUUCGGGAGGAGGAACGCUACCCACCUCCAGGGAGCACCCUACCCACCAAGAAGCACUGGGUCACCAGCUGGCAGAUUCGGGACCGAUACUACUGAUAUCCUCCCUGCCACCACUCCCAAUUCUUCCUUUCUUCCUAUUUAUCAUAAAUUAUGACUCUGACAGUCCAAAAGGGCCACGCAGUUGGCUGGCACCAGUAGGCUCAGGCAUAUAUCCCUCUUCAGUGCAGGAAUGUUUUCUGGGGCCCUAGACUCUCCUUCAAGACCUUGCGAUGCUGAGCACAGCACAGCCCUGGACACUGGACACACACACAGGGCCUACUGCUAAGGGCCUGUUCAGAUAUACCAUGGAAGAUGCCACGUCCAAGCCUCUAUCUGUGCCAAAACCAAGCCAAAGCACCUCUACCGGGAGCCAGGAGGAAAAGGUCCCUGAUGUGGUGACAUCUCUCUUCCACACCAUAUACCCCUUGAGCCAUUGUCCCUGAACUGACUUUUCUGUCCAGAAUAAAACUACUGACAACAAGGACACAGUCGGGCCCAGCUGCAGUUCCUGGCACCCACUGGAGAGUAGGGGACGUUUCUGUGACUUGUGUGCUUAGACCAAGAGCAAUGAACUAAAAAAGCAGGUCCCCAGAAUGGGCUUCAUGAAUGGAUCUCCAAAACCUUGGCUACAGAUGGAGUUGGCAAGAAACACAGCCCAGAGGAACAAUGCAAAACUAUGGACAACCUGGACACACUGCGCUGGGGCUGACCUGGAGCAGGGUAGCAUCCUUCAGAGAGCAGGGGAUCAAUCCUGGCCCGGCAGAUACUGGCAGGGUACAGGGGAGAUACUUCUGACCCGUCCUGGCCACCUCAGCCUGAGCAAGGCCUGGAGACCCCACAAGACCAUGUGGGGUGUGAUACUUGAAUGUAGGGCAGGGGAGAGGCCAACCCCUGCCUCAGCUGGCCGGACUUCACUCCGCCCCCUUGACCACAGAGAUGGCAUUCUGAGCUAGCUGUCCAUGGCUUUCUGAGAAACCUCGCCCUCCCCCUCCCUAGGAGCUGCAUCCCCAUUCUAGCAGUGGAGGCUGAUUCCCAGGUCCACUCCCUGAGCCCCGCCCACAGGCAGGCCCACUCCCCAGCUCUGCCCCUCCAAGGUACUAUAGCAGCUUCCCCAACCCUGUACCUUCUUUGUAUAUGGGCUUCUCACUAAAAUAAAUAAACAAUU